AUGCCUCGCAGGCCACCCGAGCGGCAGAUACCUUCUAGGCAACCUGACCAGAUUUUUAACUCGGCUGCCAGAUACCGUGAUAAAAUGACCGUGUACUGUUACAAGAUGUGUAUGGACCACAGAAAUGUCAAGCAAAGAGGAGUUAUUCCCGGGAAGAGCCGGCCACACCUGAGAGACAUACAGUAUGAUUUAUUGGCCAUCGGACACGGCCAGCCAGCCAGCUGUGACUUCAGACACAGGCAGGGAGUUCCCAGCGAUGUGAUUAUAGCAAGAAAGAAAGAAAGAAAGAAUCCAGCCACCCAGCAGCAAGAGCUGCAGCUUUUGGGGAAUGUAGCUUUGAGUGGUCAAAAGCAGGUGGGACCAACUGUAGCCCAACACUCCUGA